UGGCGGUCGGCUCGCGCCGGGCGGACCCCGAGGGCCUUCAGGUGCAAGGGGGCGGGGGCUCCGGGCGUCUGGCCGCCGAGCCGGGGCGGGCCGGGCCGCGGGGCAUUUAAACCCGGCCGACUGCCAGCGAGGGCCACGCGCCCAGCCCCGCGCCCUCCUUCGGCCACCGUCUCCGCCUCGGAUCCCGGCCCGGCACGAUGCGGUCUUCCUUGGCUCCGGGUGUCUGGUUCCUGCGCACCUUCUCCAGAGACAGCUGGUUCCGAGGCUUCAUCCUGGUGCUGACCUUCUUCAUCUACACCUGUUAUCACAUGUCCAGGAAGCCCAUCAGUGUUGUCAAGAGCCGUCUGCACCAGAACUGCUCGGAGCUGAUCAAGCCCAUCAACGACAGCCACAGUCUCAAUGACACGACGUGGUGUGACUGGGCUCCAUUCGAUAAGAACAACUACAAGGAGUUACUGGGGGCCGUGGACAAUGCCUUCCUUGUGGCCUAUGCCAUCGGCAUGUUCAUCAGCGGAAUUUUUGGGGAGCGGCUCCCCCUCCGUUACUACCUUUCAGCUGGAAUGUUGCUCAGCGGCCUUUUUACCUCGCUCUUUGGCCUUGGAUAUUUCUGGAACAUCCAUGUGCUCUGGUACUUUGUGCUUAUCCAGAUCUGUAACGGACUUGUCCAGACCACCGGCUGGCCCUCUGUGGUGACCUGCGUUGGCAACUGGUUCGGGAAGGGAAAGCGGGGGCUCAUCAUGGGCAUCUGGAACUCACACACAUCUGUGGGCAACAUCCUGGGCUCCCUGAUCGCUGGCGUCUGGGUGAAUGAGCACUGGGGCCUGUCCUUUGUGGUGCCAGGCAUCAUCACCGCUGCCAUGGGCAUCCUCACCUUCCUCUUUCUCAUUGAAUACCCAGAAGAUGUGGACUGCGCAGCUCCCCAGCACCACACUAGUAAUGGGCUGGAAGAGAACCCGGACAGCCCCGAGGACCUGGGGAAUGGUCCCUGCACCAACAAGGAGAGCAGCCUGGAGAGCGCGGCCAGGUGCUCCAAGGAGCCAAGGGCGCAGCCUGCAGCCAUCAGCUUCCUGGGGGCGCUCCGCAUCCCGGGUGUGGUGGAGUUCUCCUUGUGUCUGCUCUUUGCCAAGCUGGUCAGCUACACCUUCCUCUAUUGGCUGCCUCUCUACAUCUUCAACGUGGCUCACUUUAGCGCCAAACAGGCUGGGGACCUGUCGACCCUCUUCGAUGUUGGCGGCAUCAUGGGCGGCAUCAUGGCGGGGCUCAUCUCUGACCACACCAACGGCAGGGCCACCACCUGCUGUGUCAUGCUGAUCUUGGCUGCCCCCAUGAUGUUCCUGUAUAACAACAUUGGUCAGAACGGGAUUACCAACUCUAUAGUAAUGCUGAUCAUUUGUGGGGCCCUGGUCAAUGGUCCUUACGCACUCAUCACCACUGCCGUUUCUGCUGACCUGGGAACUCACGAGAGCCUGAAGGGCAAUGCAAAGGCACUCUCCACCGUCACAGCCAUCAUCGACGGCACUGGGUCCAUAGGUGCAGCUCUGGGGCCUCUGCUGGCUGGACUGAUUUCCCCCACAGGCUGGAACAACGUCUUCUACAUGCUCAUCUCUGCCGACGUUCUGGCCUGCUUGCUCCUCUGCCGGUUGGUGUACAAAGAAAUCCUUGCCUGGAAGUCAUCUUUGAGCAGAGACAGAGGCUCUAGUCUGGCCCUAACCCACCCGCGGUAGUAUUUUCCUCAAGUCCCAUGACUUUUGUAUAAAGAGAUAUGAAGCCCUGAUUCGAAGAGAAGCACGGAGGGCCCCAGCUGAUUCCCAAAGUGCUCUCCCCCGACCCCCUCAUGGGGGCAAGACAAUGGAACCCACCACAGACGGGCUGACAGGGCCUCUGAGGGGCUGGGAGGUUCUCCUCGGGAAGGGUCCUGCCAGCAGGAGGACUCACAGCCCUGAGCUCCAGAAGCUGCAAAGCAGAAGGGUUGGGGAUCAGAGCUGAGUGGUGUCUCCAGCUUGGUAAGGGAAGAAUAUGCUCAGACUCUUGCUUGUUCAGAUUCCGAGACAGGAGGCAGGGGCUGGACAUGGGCCAAGGCCUGGCAAAGGUGUGUCUCUCCUUCCCGUGUGGAAAGUGAGCCUCGGUGCUCAGCCUAUACCUGUCCGUGGAUUUCUGACCCUAUUUUGAGAGCCACCAAGCCUCGCUUCCUUCCUUUGUCCAUAAGCCAGCUUUCUCGUGUAUUUCCCAUGUCAGAACCUCUUCUACCCUGCAUUUGAUCCCGACUCCUGACCCGAGUCGAUUAAAGUGUUAUUACUGUAUUCUGUGGGACCAGGACCAGGGAGAGGCAAAGGAGGUGCCACUCUUGAGCCCGGGGCUGGGCUUCCCCGGCCCCAGUCUCAUCCCAGCCCUCCAUGUCCCCAGGGGAGGAGCACAUGUCAGAACAGUGCGGGGAGGGGGGCAGGCCUGACUAAAGCCACAGGGGCCAGUGACCACCGAGUGCUCACCGCACAUGAGCCUUGCUCUGGGAACAGAGUAGAUGGUGGGCACGGAAGACGGACUUCCACCCGAGCACAGGCCCCAGGGUGACGAGACUAGGAAGAAGGAAGCUGCCUGGCUCAUUCAAGCCACUGUCCCAAGGGCAGUGGCCGGAGCUCUCUGCGGCCUGCCUCCCCUUCCCCCGUGUUCCUGCCUUACUUCUCCUGCCCACCCCACCCCAGAGUGCUGCCUGCCAGGCUAGCCCUUGGCAUUGCUCCCUGACCUCCGAAGCCACCCACCAGCACAAUACAGAUCCUUUUUGC